AUAAUACUCCUAGUAAUGCCGGAGACGGAACAAAGGAAGCCGACUGUGACACAGGUGAAAAGAGGAGGAAAAGAUGGGAAAUCCAAAGCAAAAGUGGACUUCCGAAGAAGAAGAGGCUCUCAGAGCAGGCAUCGCUAAACAUGGUCCUGGUAAAUGGAAAUUGAUUCAGAAAGAUCCCGAAUUCAACCCUUACCUCCAUUCUCGUUCCAACAUCGACCUCAAGGACAAAUGGAGGAAUAUGAGUGCUGCAGUCCAAGGUUCUAGGGAAAAAUCACGGCCUUUGAAGUUAAAAUCGCCCGGUCAAGAUGUUCAUCCUACUACUCCCUUAGUUACCUCACAGCCUCUUGCUAUGCUUCCUGCACCUGUUGUACAACAUGAAACGGCUGAUCAUGUGAAAGAUGAUUCUGCUAAGGACUUGCCCGAUGCAAAAAAUGGUCCGAGGUACAAUGACAUGAUCUUUGAAGCCCUUACAGCCGUCAAAGAACAAAAUGGAUUGGAUAUUGGUGCUUUUGUCGCCUAUAUUGAGAAAAAGAUGGAAGUACCACAUAAUUUUAGAAAACAGUUGGGUGCAAGGUUAAGAAGACUCGUUCAACAAGAUAAACUUGAGAAGGUGGAUGGCCUGUACAGGCUAAAGAGCAAAAAUUCCAUGGAGACAAACGCAAGCAAUCGGAAAGACAUCUGGGCCAGACAGCAAUUGGCGUCUGUCUAUUCAAAGGUUGGUCAGUCAUUAGAAGAGGCAGCAAAAACAGCAGCUUACAAGGUCGUCGAAGCAGAAGAAAAAGCAAAUUUAGCAGCUGAAGCUGUAAUUGAAGCCGAAAAAUUGUCAAAGCUGGCAGAAGAAACCGAUUCAAUUCUGCAGUUUGCGGAAGAGAUCUUGGACAGAUGUACUCGAGGUGGAGUGAUUUAUGUUGCUUGAUAUUCAGGGCGGGGUUUCACAUUUGAAACGGAAAUCAGCUAUAGUUCGCAAAAAAUUUAAAUUGCAAAUGUAGCAAUGUAGUGUUUUGUUGCCGGUUUCUUCCUUUCAAAGAGCGGCAGGCGGCACCAAAAUCGGCAGGCACCUAGUCAUCUUAGGAAACUAAAUUGCAGCUGAACUUCGACGAGUUGUGCUGGAAUUAUUCGGAGGCAGCGUGCACAGACGACGAUGUUCAAUGUAGUGUGAAUAUGAAUCAUAACUGGGACCUUAUUGAUUUGUAAUUUCUUGUUCUACCCCUAAUUUCUAACCUUGACCAUGCAAAAGCUGGGAGCUGUAGGGAUUGUGCAAAUUACUUUGCUUGUUAAUAUAUCUGUUAUUAUUAUUAUUAUUAUUAUUAUUAUUAUUAUUAUUAUGAUUA